AUGAGCCACCGCUGCACUGCAACAAGAGACACGGUCUGCAUCCCCUGCCAGGAUGAAUACUUCAGCAGUGAGCACCACCACAGCUUCUGCCAGAGCUGUACAAUCUGUGACACUGGGAAGGGGAGCGUGGAAGUGAAGAAGUGUGAGAAGACCUCUGACAGGAUUUGCAGGUGUCGUGCAGGUUACAUGCCAGCUGCUGGGUGGACACCAGGAAGUGUAUGUUCACCAUGUCCUGAAGGGUCUUAUUCCACAGGGGGAAAUGAAAACUGUCAGCCUUGGACCAACUGCAGCAGUUUUGGGAAGAGUACUCUUCGAGCAGGGACAAAAACAAGUGAUGCUAUUUGCAGUGACCACGUCACACAACCAGUUACCCCUCGGAGUACAACACUGCCUUGGAAUCUUUCCACCACUGACCACAAGAAGAAUACCUCCACUGAAGUGUUCUCCCCAUCCAGACCCAGCCUGGUUCCUUUCAUUUGCCCCGACACAAAGAGCAGCCCCACAGAGACCAACUGGGGGUCUUUAUCACUCAUCCUUAUUUGUCUGAUCCUGCUCCUGGUGAGUGGAAUGGCCAUCCUCCUGUUGAUUAUCCAAGCAGCCAAAAAACAGACCAAGAGGAGGCCUUGUAGAAACAACAAUGGAGGAGAAGAAAAGAGCUGUCGAAUUCCUGUCCAGGAAGAACAAAUUGACUCCAAUUCUAGUCUCAUCAAAAACUGA